AUGACAUUUGAUAAAGCACUAUGUAACUUAGGAGCAAGCAUUAAUCUAAUGCCUCUUGCCAUGAUGAAGAAAUUGAUGAUAGAGGAGGUUAAGCCUAUAAGAAUGUCAUUACAACUUGCUGACAGAUAUCUCAAGAUACCCAAUGGAGUAGUAGAGAAUCUAUUAGUGAAAGUUGGAGAGUUCAUUUUUCCAGCUGACUUUGUGAUCCUAAACAUGGAUGAGGAAGGAAGUAACUCAAUCAUUCUUGGAGGACCUUUCUUAGCCACAGCUAGGGCGAUUAUUGAUGUUGAAAAGGGUGAAAUGGUUCUCAGGGUGCAUGAUGAGCAAAUGGUUCUCAAUGUUUUCAAGGCAAUGCAAUACCCCGCUGAGAAAGAAAAUUGUAUGAGGAUUGAUAUGGUGGACACUUUAGUUGAAGAAGCACUUGAAGCAAGCUAA